CACACUCAUUCAUUAACUUUCCACCUGAACUAUUUUUUGCUCGUGGCGAUUCUUUCCACAUUUAUUGGGGAGUCUGCACAUAUAAAAUAUACGUAACAAGGAUAAUAGCUUACUCUUAGGAGCCUUUCACGCUCACUCAAACAUCGAAUCCUUUUUUAUUAUUUUUACCUUUUCCUUUAUCUCUUCAUUUUAACUCAAAUAUGGGUAAAAAGCAGUUUAUUGACCGGAAAAAUGCUCGCCAUUUCCACUUGGUUCACCGUUCCCAACGUGACCCUCUCUCCCGUGACGAAUCUGCGCCGCAACGAGUUCUCAAGGAAGUCAUCCCCGCCAAUAUGAUCGGGAAAGUUCAAGUUCCUCAUGACGACCCUAAUAUAGACUACUUUUCAGAUGAUGAUCAGGAUAUCUUUGGAGGACAUGGUGAUGAUGAUGGCAUCAACUACGGUACCUACGAUCGCGCUGUCGAAGAGACCGAACUCUUGGAGGCUCCUGCUGUUUCUCAAAAGAAGAAUAAUAAAAAAACCACCGGCAAGGACGAGACGAAGAUUGGACAAGCCGCAUUGAUGGGAUUGGUCGGCGAUGAAUUUAAUGAUGGCACAUAUGAUUAUUCACAACACAUGAAAGAGAUGGGGAAGGCUUCGGAUGCUGUCUAUGUCGCUGCUCCUCAAACCGUCGCCCAAGAGAAGAAGGCUGCUCAAUCCCGUGGUAUUCAAUUCACAGACGCUGGUGCUGCUCAGGAAAUGUCAAAAGAUGAAAGGCUAGUCGCCUCAACAGCCCCCACCUCAAAGAAAUCAAACAAGAAAUCAUCAACAGGAUUUAGCUUACCCUCGGAGGUCUUGCCCUCUAGAGAGGAACUGGAUUUCUCUGAUGUUUAUCAAAGUGCUGUCCCAUUGGGCUUGCAACCAGACAUGCCAUUUGAUAUUCGUGAGACCCUGGAGGCCCUAGAAGACGAUGCCUUCGUAGAUGGGGAUUUGGACGAGUCCUUUUUUGAUCAGUUGGACGAUGACGGAGAUUUCGAUGGCAAUUAUAACUAUGAUGAUGGUGAUGAUUAUGAGGAUGAGGAUGAGAAUGAGAAUGGGAAAGAAGGAGCAGGCUGGGAGGCAGACUUUAAAAAGUUCAAAAAGGAUCAAAAUUACAUUUCUGAUGAUGGCUCAUUUGAUGGAUCGGACGACGGAAACUACAGUCAGACUUCCAGGACCUCACGCCGAUCCGGUGGAGCCUCUGCGUCAACUUUCUCAAUGUCGUCUUCUGCCAUGUUCCGUAACGAAAAUCUCACUCUUUUAGAUGAACGCUUUGACAAAAUUGAAAAGGAAUAUGAGGAUGAUUCAUUAGAUGAGGAUGAUGAGAGUCCUCGUGAUUUGAAGGCCGAAGAACUAAGGAAGGACUUUGACUCGAUUCUGGAUGAUUUCUUGGACAAGUUUGAGAUCGUGGGAUCCAAAAUGGUCCCCAAGCUUGAUGGUACCACAGGUGAACAUAAAUUGACGACGAUCCGCCAAGCCUUAUUAGCAGACGAAGCAGAUGAUGUGAAAUCAGUAGCAACCACGGUCGGUGGCUCAAAGAAGUCUCAGAAAAAGAACCUAGACGAAGAUAUGGCAACAGAGCUGCAAACGGAUUUCAGGAGUCGCGCAGAAAGAAUGCGUGAUAACUGGGAUGUCCAAACGAUUCUGAGCACAUACUCUAACUUGGAUAAUCAUCCCGCAAUGAUCAAGGAGCAACCUCGUCAGAGAAUAAAAAUUGACCCCAAGACUGGUAUGCCUGUUGUCACAGAAAAGCUCUCUAGAAAAGCAUUGCAGCGUAGGAAGGAAAUUGAGGAGUCCGAGACCGCUAUUAAAGGCAGCUACAGCGGCAGUGAGGAAGACGAUAACAGCGAUGAUGAGGAGUUUGAGGACGAAGAACGAGAGAACUUAGGUUCAAAACGCAACAAAACUGAGACAAAGGAAGAGAAGAGGGCGCGGAAGGAAGCUGUCAAGGCCGAGAAGCGUAACCGUCGUGAAACCAAGAAGGCUACCAAAGCAGCUUUUGCAAAUGAAAAAUCAAGACAGGAGAAAGUUAUGAAGAACCUGAAAAAAAGUCAGGGUGUCAUGCAUUUGGAUUAAUAUAACCAAACUUUCUUUGUCUUAUUAUUAUUCUAUUAUUCAUUGUCAUUUCAUUUUUUCCUUUUUUGCAUUGUCAAUCUUAUCAUUCGUUUUAUCAUUUUCAUCUUUAUCACACCUCGAACUAGCACUAGCAAGGAAAAAAGAAGCGCAUAUACGUCUAGAUACAUUCACAUUAACGUCGGAGUUGUGCAUAAUAAACACACAUG